CCAAGAACACUCCCACCAUUCUUUCUCUCUCUUCUUUCUCUCUCUUAAACUUUCCACUGAGCAACUCUUCUUCGUUUCUCCACAGAUGGAAAAGGGUGGAAGAACCCCAAAACGACACCGUUCGACCCCGUCGACCACCGUUUUGAUAUCCCUUUCUUGAAAACGUCACCGUUUUUCGAAUUCUAUUAUUGGUGUUCCAAGAAUUCAAUUGCUUAACCGCCGUUGAUUCUUGAUCGUUCAGCUGUGCAAAACGACGCCUUUUGGUCGGUUUUGGAAGCAAAACGAUUGAGAGAUAAGCAUGGUUGAUUAAUUUUUGAAUUCGUUUUCAAGGGAGUGAAAAGUUGUGUAUAUGGGUAAAGUAGGGGUAAAGUUGGCGGUGGGAUGUGCGCUAGCGGCCUGCGUGGUGGCGUCAGUGAUGGUGGGGCGUAGAGUGAGGAGGAAAAGGGCGUGGAGGAGGGUGGUGAGGGUGCUGGAGGAGUUGGAGGAGGGUUGUGCUACUCAGGUGGGGCGGCUGCGCCAGGUUGUCGACGCAAUGGCGGUGGAGAUGCACGCCGGCCUCGUAUCCGAAGGCGGUUCGAAGCUCAAGAUGCUCCUCACUUUCGUCCAUAACCUCCCCAGUGGGAAUGAAAAAGGAACUUACUAUGCUCUAGAUCUCGGUGGUACAAAUUUUCGGAUUCUGCGAGUUCGGUUAGGAGACCAAAGGUCUGCUAUUAUUGGACAUGAUGUAGAUAGACAACCUAUUCCCCAGCAUCUCAUGACAGGCACUAGUGAGGAGCUCUUUGAUUUUAUAGCAUCAUCACUGAAGGAUUUUGUUGAAAGGGAGGAAAGUGUUUCAGAACCUUCACAAAAUGAAAGAAGGGAACUUGGCUUUACUUUCUCAUUUCCAGUGAAACAAACUUCUUCUUCGUCAGGCAUUCUGAUUAAAUGGACCAAAGGGUUUGUCAUUGAAGACAUGGUUGGAAGAGAUGUUUCCGAGUGUCUCCAGCAAGCAAUAUCUAGAAAAGGCCUGGAUAUGCGGGUUAAUGUACUUAUAAACGAUACUGUGGGAACCUUGGCUCUUGGUCAUUAUCAUGAUGAAGACACAGUAGCUGCUGUGAUUAUUGGGACAGGCACCAAUGCCUGUUAUUUGGAGCGAGCAGAUGCAAUUAUUAAGUGUCAAGGUCUUCUUACAACACUGGGAGACAUGGUAGUCAACAUGGAAUGGGGAAAUUUUUGGUCAUCUCAUUUACCCCGAACAUCAUAUGAUAUUGACUUGGAUGCUGAUAGCCCAAAUCCAAAUGAUCAGGGUUUUGAAAAAAUGAUAUCAGGGAUGUAUCUGGGUGACAUUGUGCGUAGAGUAAUUCUUCGGAUGUCAGAGGAGCUGGAUGUUUUUGGACCAGUAUCUUCUAAAUUGCAAGUCCCUUUCAUCUUGAGGACACCUUUAAUGGCUGCUAUGCACGAGGAUGAUACCCCCGAUUUGACGGAGGUGGCCAAAAUUUUAAGAGACACCUUGGAGUUCCCUGACGUUCCUUUAAACGUUCGGAAGCUCAUUGUGAGGGUAUGUGACGUGGUGACCCGAAGAGCAGCAAGAUUGGCAGCUGCAGGUAUUAUUGGAAUAUUGAAAAAGAUUGGUCGGGAUGGUAGUGGUGGAAUAGCUAGGGGGAAAAAUGAAGGUGCAAGCCGUAGUAAGAUGAGCCGAACUGUAGUGGCAGUCGAGGGGGGUUUGUAUACGAACUAUACAUUGUUCAGGGAAUAUCUGAAUGAAGCAAUGUCACAAAUACUAGGCGAGGAGAUUGCACCGAGUGUCAUCAUCAAGGUGAUGGAAGAUGGAUCGGGCAUUGGAGCAGCUCUCUUAGCUGCAUCUCAUUCGACCUCCAGUGUGGAUACCAUACAGAUACCGUAAAUGUAAGAAUACACAUAUAUAUCUGGGUCCUGUAGAAAUGUAGAAAUCAUAUACAUAUCUUAUUUAUCGCAGAAAAAUGGUAGUGGUGUUCAUGUUAUCAUAUAGUAGUAGGUUGAUCUGAUAGGUGGGCAGUUUCCAAAUGUUCUGAUUCAGUUUAUAGUCUUGAUUAAUUGGUUUUACUGUCAUUUUUCCUUUUAGUCUGUAUAGUUGCAGUGUAACAACGGGUGAAUUAUUAACUUCUAUUCUAUUAAUUCAUUUAUAUGUUAUCAGGAUUUGGCA